GUGUGUCGGUUUGUAUAUAUUAGGAUUUUCUUUGGAUCUGGAAGAGCAGACAGGAUAUCACUGGGAAAAAUGCAUCCCAUUUGUGGAAAAUUUAAAAAAUGAAAAGGCUGAUUUUUUCAAAAUAUGGUGACGCGCCUUUAGUGUUGCAUAGAAGGUGUCUGCUAUGAGUGAAGGUCAUACAGUUAUGCACUUUUGUUCCAUUUGUACACCCCGUUCACGCUGAUUCCGACAAAUUUUUGCGACUUUGACAAAAAUGGAAAAAAUGGACAUUGUCAGUUUUCCCAGUUCUGGCCACAAAGCCUGUUAGACAGGAAAUAUAUACUGUUGUGGAGCGGUUUCUCUAUCGCUUUCCGUCGCCGCGCGAUCCGCUAACACCGAUGGCGCACGCCUUUGCUUAGGCCUGAUUUCGAAAAUUCUAGAAGAGCUCCAGUGUGAUUUUGCCCUUCUAUACUGGCCGCACCUUGGGGCGCGACGCAAAUGGCUUUGUGGGGCGCUCUUCCCAUGUUCCAGCGACCUCUUUCCAUCGGCGGGAAUCGAAUAGACACGCCGCGGCGACGAUCGGCUGCAUUCUCGAAGCCCCUAAUUAGUAAGGAAGGACGCCACCGCAGCUGUUGCGGAACCGCAUGCGCCCGCCGCUGGGCAAACGAGUGGCAGGGGCAUGCCGAUCCGUAGCCCGUGCCGCGAGUUUUCCUUCCUGACGGACUUGAUCGCCCAUGCCGUUCUCGCCGUUGUGAGCGCGUGUGCGUUCGAGCAGUAGCAGGCGCAAGGCACUGUCCGUCCGGUUGUUGGGAGCCUCCGUUGUAUGGUAUAGCCUUGCCGGCCGUGCGCUAUACGAACCUUCUAUUUCUACAGCUGAGUAUCUACCUUGCGUCACCAGCAGCUCGGGCUCACGACUGGUAAAAGCAGCAUACUAGCAGUGCAUUGCGAGAGCAAUCCUUGAUGCGGUCCGAAGUGAUUGCGGAGUUAAAUGCUUCCUCCGAAUAAAUUGCUGCACAUAAUUUUUGCGUCGUUUUUGAAAACAAACCAGA